UCGGCGCUGAUCAUGACAGUCAUCACUCGUCCUACGACCUCACAGUCCAAGCCUAGAAGAGAAAUACUAGUGACCGGCGGCGCAGGCUUCAUUGGGUCAAACCUGGUCGAAGCCCUCUUAGCAAAAGGCUGCUGGAAGGUUAUUGUUGUGGACAACUUUGAUGACUUUUACUCUCCCGAGAUUAAACACGCGAACAUUGCUGCACAUCUUCACAAUCCCAACUUCAGACUGUACGAAAUCGACAUACGAGAGCCCGUUUCUCUACGCGGAAUCUUUGCCGACAACAAUAUUUCUGUUAUUGUGCACCUUGCUUCGCGAGCUGGCGUGCGGCCGUCUCUUCAGCACCCAGCUUCAUAUAUCGACACCAAUGUCACCGGUACUUUGAACUUGCUUGACUGUGCCAGAGAUUUCGGCGUGCGAAAUUUUCUAUUUGGAUCAUCAUCAAGCGUAUACGGACUCAACUCAAAGGUUCCCUUUUCCGAGGAUCAGAAGACGUGUCAGCCAAUCUCGCCGUAUGCAGCAUCCAAGGCAGCCGCCGAACUGCUUUGUCAUACCUAUUCCCAUCUUUACGGGAUUCGCUGCAUUUGCUUAAGAUUCUUCACUGUGUAUGGCCCGCGCCAGCGCCCUGAUCUUGCAAUUCACAAAUUUGCCAAGCUCAUCUAUGACGGCAAGCCGAUUCCUGUCUUUGGCGACGGGACUACUCGUCGAGACUACACUUAUGUAGAUGAUAUUAUACAAGGUGUUUGCGCUGCCAUCGACUAUGAGGGCUCUCAGUACGAGGUGUUCAACCUUGGAGAAUCGCAGACCAUUGAGCUGCGCGAAUUGAUUGGCCUGAUUGAGAGGAGUUUGGAGCGAACCGCAAUUCUUGACAGGCGCGAGGCACAACCAGGUGAUAUGUCAAUCACGUUUGCGGACAUUUCAAAAGCCAACAGGCUACUAGGAUACAAGCCCAAGACGAAAAUUCACGAUGGCAUUCCAAAGUUUGUUCAAUGGUUCUUGUCGCAAUAUCAUUGUAUGGCGUAA